UGAUGACCAAGAGUCAGUAGUGAUUUAUCAACAGUCCAAAAAUAGCGUGGCACUACUGACCAUGUGUUCACAAAGCGGGCAAGCACAAAGCAAGCAAGCACAAAACGGGCAAGUACAAGAUGAGCAAGCACAAAACGGGCAAGCACAAAGUGAGCAGGCACAAGUACUUUUUGUUGUUACGGCAAAGAUUAAGCUUAUUCGAGAUAAAAGAAUCAAAGCCCAAAAUAGUGAACUACCUCAAAGUCGAUUUGUUGAGACACCGCCUCAAAGACCAUGCAAAACGACUAUAACAACGCCACAAAAACCAACACUUUGUGAUAAAGUUAUGCAAUACUUAGACAAUUAUUUUUCAAUAUACGUCAACAAACAAUGUGUGAUAAUGAAAGCUGAUAAUGUCGAUACUUUAAAAGAAAUUCGCAAUGCAAAAAUGUUGUUUCCAGAAUUUGAUCUGAAGUUAAAUAAAGUAGAUGGGAUCGGUUUUAAGGUUUCUAGCAACAAAGAAAUCAUAUUUAUUGAAGUAUCCGGAGGACCAGAAAAUGCCAUUUUAAAGCACGUUAGAGAAGAUACUGAAAAACUCAUAAAAGAGGAGACUUUUUAG